AUGGAUCAGAACGAGCAAGUUGGUCUUGAGGAGCGUCUCAAAUCCGCUCUUUGGUUGUCUAUCGGGAAGAUUGUUGAUGAGGAGACCAUUAAACUUGGCGUCAAUGCUACGCCUCAGUUUAUUGGAGCCUUGACGGAGAUGGUCUGGGCACAGAUAGAAACGGCCAGUCAGGAUUUGGAGUUUUUCGCCAAACAUGCCGGACGUUCGAUUGUUAAUGUUUCCGACGUGAUGCUGCUUGCUCGCCGCAACGAUGGCCUGGAGUCUAUUCUGCGUGGAUUUGUUGACCAGCAGCGGGAGCAGCAAGAGGAGGAAGAAUCUUGA